AUGGUUUAUGCUGUCUAUACAUUGCACACCGGAGUACGAUGAUGUCUUGACUGCAAAGUGCAAUAACUCGUCCUGAAGGGGUUAAUAAUAAAACCAAAAGUGAAUUCAGCUCCGGCCGUGCUGGCACUUUGAACUGUAACUAUAAUUAACCCAUUGUCCCCCAGGAAACGGAAGCCCUUAAACUACCCUUGAUGUGUUUAUAGAAAUUGCAGCCGUUUACUGGAAGUGCAGGGAGGGGGGUGUUCAGAACAUGGCUGGUUCCUGAUCAUUUCUCUAUAGUUUCUACUUUCACUUUCAUUUUGACUCUACGUUCAGCUCACACUAUCCUGCAGGACUUUCUCAUUCUCCCAGAGGCCCACACAUGCAGAAAUAGCCCAAAUCACUGGAGCUGGGAGCUCUAACCCAGAGUCUGGAUCUGAUCCAGGUACGUAUAGUACAUGUGGGAAUGAUACAUAUUGUACAAUGCAGACAAUACAUAACACGAAACUUCAUCCUUACUUCAUAGACCAUGACACACCUCCCAACAUCUCACAUGAUAAAAGAGGUACACUUUAAUUUAAGGGGUGUGAGUGGGGUGUGGCAAGGGGCAGGGCUGUUCUGAUUUACUAACAAAAAUUUAUUUAACUAAAAUGUGAUUUAGAACAAGAACAAUGUAUCUUAUUUACAGACUGAUUUCUGAACACAUUUAUUGUAGUUUAAAGACCCAUUACUGGGAGUAUUAUUACUGUGGAGCUCUGUUAUACACUCAGAAACAUUACUGGGAGUAUUAUUGCUGUGGGGCUCUGUUAUACACUCAGACACAUUACUGGGAGUAUUAUUGCUGUGGAGCUCUGUAAUACAAUCAGACAUUACUGGGAGUAUUAUUGCUGUGGAGCUCUGUUAUACACUCAGACACAUUACUGGGAGUAUUAUUGCUGUGGAGCUCUGUUAUACACUCAGACACAUUACUGGGAGUAUUAUUGCUGUGGGGUUCCGUUAUACACUCAGACACAUUACUGGGAGUAUUAUUGCUGUGGAGCUCUGUUAUACAGUCAGACACAUUACUGGGAGUAUUAUUGCUGUGGAGCUCUGUUAUGCACUCAGACACAUUACUGGGAGUAUUAUUGCUGUGGAGCUUUGUUAUACACUCAGACACAUUACUGGGAGUAUUAUUGCUGUGGAGCUCUGUUAUACACUCAGACACAUUACUGGGAGUAUUAUUGCUGUGGAGCUCUGUUAUACACUCAGUCACAUUACUGGAGUAUUAUUGCUGUGGAACUCUGUUAUACACUCAGACACAUUACUGGGAGUAUUAUUGCUGUGGGGCUCUGUUAUACACUCAGACACAUUACUGGGAGUAUUAUUGCUGUGGGGCUCUGUUAUACACCCAGACACAUUACUGGGAGUAUUAUUGCUGUGGAGCUCUGUUAUACAGUCAGACACAUUACUGGGAGUAUUAUUGCUGUGGAGCUCUGUUAUACACUCAGACACAUUACUGUGAGUAUUAUUGCUGUGGAGCUCUGUUAUACAGUCAGACACAUUACUGGGAGUAUUAUUGCUGUGGAGCUCUGUUAUACACUCAGACACAUUACUGGGAGUAUUAUUGCUGUGGAGCUCCGUUAUACACUCAGACACACCAACAAUAUGGAGUUCCUAGAAAAGAGGGGCAUUAGGAGAGAAAAGAUAGGGAUUUGGCCCCCAAAUAGCAACGGACCCUCCCCAAAUAGCAACGGACCCUCACUUGGGAGAUGUGUGAGAGAGUUAUUGGUUAUAUAAAGGAUAUAUGGUAAUUACUAUAUAAUUCUAUAAAUUGGGACAUUAGAGAGGUAUGUGUGAGGGUUAUAUGUUACAUAGAGGGUAUAUGGUAAUUACAUAAUUCUAUACAUUGGGACACCUGGGAGGUAUAUGCGAGGGUUAUAUUAAUCACAUUCUCUUUGCCAGCAAAUGAUAACUUUAAGAAAAGUGGCAAAUAGCUUAAAAAGACUAGGCAUCACAAGGGCUACCAUGUGGCAUCUGGUUUAAUUGGGAAGUAUAUAUAUAUGGGCAGCAGAUGGGGGCUUUAUUACAUACAUAGGGCCAUGUCUGUGUCCCCAAUACCCAAUUUAUGGGCACCAGGUGGGGCUCUAAUAUAUACGCAGGGGGCAUCCCGUGCACCCCUUCAAAUGCACACAUGAGCAUUUUUUGGAUGCCCUGAAGUUUAACUAGGGGCACACUAAACAUCCCCACUAGCCCCCACACAUGAGUGAUAGGCAAUAUAAAAUAGGUUAAAUAGCAUGGGGGCUCAGUAAGUGGGACAUGCCACCAUCCCCAACCACGAGCUUCAGGUGGAGGGUUAGACAUACCACUAUCUACCCCCACAAAUGAGCGUCCUAUCCCACUAGGUGUAGGAGGUCCUACCUGCCCUAAUAACAGUGAAAGUGGGCAAUAAAUCUAAUACUGGUUACACAAGAAUUAGGAAUUCUUCUAAAAUCUCCUUUAGGUCAGCCCUUUAAGAGACCAAAUAAUAACAAACCAAUAUUAAAAACCAACACAAUUAUAUUUAAAAUAAAAGACCAAACCUAAAAAACUAUUAAAAAACCCCACAAAAAACGCACUACAAUAAAAGGAAUUAAUCGUUGCCCUUUGAUGGCCUAGUGCCAGUUGUCAUUUCAAUGUGAGAAAUGCCUUUCGAUGCUCCAAAAUGUGACUGAUUCUGAUUGGUUGGUUUUGUAGGGCUCUGAUAGACCAGAUUUGAGUCUCACGGUGGCCAUACCUGGCACAGCAGUGCUUUAUUUUCAUUAAGUUAUAAGUAAAUUCAUUUUAAAAAACAAAACAAACCUUAAACCUCUUUUUUUGGCUUUCAGGAGCAGUCUUUCUUGGCAAUAAUUUAGCUAUACAUUAUUCUACAGAGUCUGGUGUGGAACUAAAAUCUUAACUAAUUAAAUAUUGUUUUGUAACGGAUCACCUGGCACCCCGACUGGGUACCUCCGUUGAAGGAUGCUCCUAGCGCUUCCUGAAGACUCCAAGCACUGCAGCAGACACCACAACCCCUGAACCGGAGAAGCAUGAAUGAUCUCAAGCAUAUGAAUGCUGUAAACAGCUGAACAGGAAAAGCAUACAAUCAGCUUACACUCCUGGCAAUCAGCAUACAAUCCAAUUCCCCCAAUAAUGAGACAACACUUAGUUUUGAGGUCAAGCAGAACUCACUGUACUGGCACAUACAGCCUCUUUUAUUCACAAUCCACAAACAUAGUACCGCCCACAGGGUUUUGAAACACUGCCAAUCAAUCCGUACAAUACACACAGACACUCCCACACAAAAUCCUCCCCUCUGCCUGUGAUAUGAUUACUGAACACAAUGGUUAAUAUAAUUAUCACAGGUAGAGAAAUACAGUAUUAUAAAACAUAUCACAUAGCAAUAACCCCAUAAAAACAGUUUAAUGCAGAUUCCGCAGAACAAAUACAGGCUAUUUGAAAAAGAAUUACUGUAUAAUGUGUCCCCUGUUCUGUAGUUUAAAACUACUGCAUGAUGUCUUUGUGCACCAAAUACCGUCGAGAUGGCACUGUCUAGAAAAGUCCAAACAGUGUCUGUGAGUUAAAAUGGACGCCAUUCAUUGUUCUCACCAUGUGCUUUAUCCAUUGUUCUCACCAUGUGCCUCUGAUAUAUGAAAUGGGGGCCACCCAGUAACUCCACAGUUUGUCUGGUAGUCUAUCCAGCCGGACCAACAGAUGAAACACAUGGGGAACAGUGCAACAAACGAAGGGAAUCAUAAAAAAUAUGGACAAUAGUCAUAUUUGUGCACAAUCUCCAGUUUUGUCACAGGGCACAAAUAGUGUUUUCAAAUGCCAUAUAUCCCAGGGCCAUAGUCUGAAGGUAGGAGGCGGGCAAGCAGCCCCCUCCAAGAGCACGUGGCGAGGUCUGUUCCGCCACAUGUUUUAUCACAGAACAAUGGACAAUAUGGGUGGGCAAUGAAUAAAUUAACAAUAUGGGUGAAUAAUAAAUUAAUGGACAAUAUGGGUAGGUAGUUAAUCAAUGAAUGGACAAUAUGGGUGGGCAAUCAAUGAAUGGACAAUAUGGGUGGGCAAUCAAUGGAUGGACAAUAUAGGUGAAUACUAAAUUAAUGGACAAUAAAGGUGAAUAAUAAAUGAAUAGACAAAAUGGGUGGGCAAUAAGUGUAUGGACAAUAAAGGUGAAUAAUAAAUUAAUGAACAAUGUGGGUGGGCAAUAAGUGAAUGAACAAUAUGGGUGGGCAAUAAAUUAAUGAACAAUAUGGGUGGGCAAUAAAUUAAUGGACAAUAUGGGUGAAUAAUAAAUGAAUGGAUAAUAUGGGUGGGCAAUGAAUGAAGAUACAAUAUAGGUAGGUAAUCAAUGAAUGGACAACAUGAGUGGGCAAUCAAUGGGUGGACAACAUGGGUGGGGAAUUAAUGUAUGUGCAAUACGGGUGGGCAAUCAAUGGUUGGACAAUAUUUUUUAAACCUGGGUAAACCAAACACUACAGGAAACAUAAGAAUGGGAACAACAUCUAGAAUGGGAACAACAUCUAGCAUUUUAUUUUCUGGAAACCAGUCAGCGGUAAGAAAAGUAUUAGCGUUACUGUCUGUACUGUCCCUAAUCUCAGACCCAGAUUGACGAUUAGAACCAUAUUGUUUGUGAGUCAGUGAUAAUAUUUUCAUAUCUGUUAGUAGGUAUACAGAGAUUGCUGUCCAGCUAUCUUUUCUUUUCUCCUGUAGUUGAAGAACCCUUAGCACUCCCACUUCCACACGUUUAGGAGAGAAUGUAAAUUCAAUCUGAAGAGCUGAAGCAGAGGAAUAUGGUAAUGGAUUAAACUGGGGUGAGGGAGAAUUCCAUUUACUGCAAUCUCCUUUCUCUAUGUGUGGUCAAGGACAACUGUAUGGGGUAUUCCAAAGCUGACUGAUUAGUCUAAAAAUCCUGAUUAGUAUUGAUUAACCAAAGCAGCAUCAUUCUAAAGAGUGAUGUGAUGCCCAUCUAGUAAAUGCAUUGUUUUAUUCUUCUGCUGGUCUCAUCUCUAUAAGGGAGUAGAAUUAAUAUGAAUAACUUAUCUUAGAGAUCCAAAGACUGAAGCUGAGGAAACUACUGAGUCUUAGAAGCAAAGUCCCAUUGGUCACAGUCAUAGGUGAAAGGUGGAUCAGGAUAACACAGCGACAAUGCAAGGAAUCCUUCCCUGCAGAUCAAGGUAAGAACAUAUUAUAUACCAUAUUACAUUUUAUAGUGAUAUGAUAUUAUACACAACACACGUGCACAGAGAUAGAUGGAUAGACAGGCAGACAGACAGACAGACAGAUAGACAGACAGACAGACAGACAGAUAGAUACUGUAUAGAUAGAUACUGUAUAGAUAGAUAAAUAGUGUAUAGAUAGAUAGAUCGGUAGAUAGAUGCUGAACAGAUAGAUAGAUAGAUAAUGGAUAGAUAGAUCGAUCGAUCGAUAGAUACUGAAUAGAUAGAUAGAUAGAUAGAUACUGUAUAGAUAGAUAGACAAGAGCUUUACAAUCAGGGAAGAGAUCUCUUAUCUUUCUUCUUCCCCUUAAAAUACUUUCACUAACCUCACUCCCUCUGCAGUUCUAUUUUCAUUCUUACCCGCUACCGCGGAAGAGGUUUCUGCUCUGCUCCAGUCCUCCCGCCCCACCACCUGCUCCCUAGAUCCAAUUCCAUUGCAUCUCAUCCAUACUCUGUCUUCUUCUCUUUCUCUAGCUCUCACUAAAAUUCCCCUACUUAACGCCAGAUGCGACUAAGGUGCUGGCCCAUUCCACUGUCCUUUCUCGCCUUGACUACUGUAAUCCGCUUCUCCAUGGUCUUACUUGCUCACAAUUUGUGGUGUUACAGUCCAUAAUGAAUGUGGCGGCGAGGCUUAUCUUACUGUCCUCCCGCACCUUCCACGCCUCACCCUUCAGUCAGUCCCUACAUUGACUUCCUGUAAGAUAUAGGGCUCAAUUUAAAAUUCUGGUUCUUGCUUUCCGAUUGCUACAUAAUGCUGCUCCAACCUAUCUAUCCUCCCCUAUACACAAGUAUGUCCCGUCUAGGCCCUUACGAUCUGCUGAAGACUUACGUCUAUCUUCUGUCUGUACUCCCACCUCUGAUGCUCGCCUUCAAGAUUUCUCAAGGGCUGCACCGUUCCUGUGGAACUCACUUCCUUCCUCCGUUAGAUGCUCACCCAGUCUCCACUCCUUCAAAAAAUCAUUAAAAACCCACUUCUUCAUAAAAGCGUAUCAAUUAAACUGUUAAUAGCUCCUGACUGAUUCCUCUUCUGCAACUGUCACUAGUCUAAUACUAUCCUUACCUUUUUGUGUCAUUUUACCCCAACCCCCUAGAGCAUGUAAGCUCAUUGAGCAGGGCCCUCAACCCCUCUGUUCCUGGUUGUCCAACUUGUCUGGUUACAACUACAUGGUUGUUCGUCCCCCCAUUGUAAAGCGCUGCAGAAUUUGGUGGCGCUAUAUAAAUAAUAAUAAUAAUAGAUAGACUAAACUAAUUAAAUAUUGAAAUAAAAAUACACGUUACUAUAUAAGCAAAUACAACAAUAAGCAUAGUCAUUAAUAUUCACCCUAAUAAAAAGGUACACAUAAACACAAACACAGAUAUAUUAAAAUGAUAUACUAAUAUAUAUAUAUAUAUAUAUAUAUAUCAGAAGAAAUUAGUAUCUGGUACCUUUUUAUUGGUCUAGAAGAAUUUUGGAAAAACAAGUUUUCAUGAGAUCCUCCCUUACUCAAGUCUAAAGCAUUUUGGAAUAUAUAUGUAUAUCCAGUGUAUGAAUCCAGAAUUCUUCAUGUUGAAUGAGUCAUUUGGCCUUGUGUUCCACCAUGGUGUUGAUCCUUCACACGAUCAAAGCCAAUAAAUCUCAGAGACGCCAACUGAUGGCUUGUUCAUUGCUUUACUUUGUAUUUAUGGACACAGACAUAUAUUUAAACACAUUCCAUGCCUUUUUGUUUCCUUUCAUUCUUCACAUUUCUUUUCCAGUAAAGUUUGCGUUCUAA